UGUGCAUUUCACUUACAGUUUUUGAAUGCUAAACAUGUGCAUGCUUGACUUACGAGUCGAACAAUAUGUCAAAGUUAAAUGUAAAGAGGGAAACACAUCAUGUGAUGUUUCAAAUGUGACUGAAGCUUUUUUCCUUGCCAAGAUCAUGCGACUGCGCGGAAAUAUUUCAUACUUCACAAUAAACGUUGCUAUUAAGAUGAUCGAUAUCUCAAAUUGAUAUAACAAUUCUGAUAAUGGCGACCAAUUUUCUUAUAUCUAACUAAUGAUUAUGUUAGUAUAUUGUUAGAAAGAAUAUUAAGUAAUUUCAUUGUGCGAAGAAGGUAAAAUAAUCAUAAUUUAUAGUGUAAAGUUUGAAAUAAUGUCAAAAUGUAAGGGUAUCAUAGUUUGGUCAUACACCGUGCGAGAUGCACGAUAUUGAAGAACGCUAUUAUAAAGUCAGUGACACUUUUCUUAAAGUGAUAGGCCUAUGGCCUUAUCAGAAAACAAAGUUUGUUCGAAUACAAAAUGUACUCAUCAUUGGUAUUCUUUGUGGAUAUAUUAUUGUACAGCUGCUGUCAUUUUUAACAAUGCAAUUCAGUGUAAAUCUCCUUCUGAAAGUUUUAUCUUUCGUGUUUCCGACUCUUUUUAUGAUAAUAAAAUACUGCACCUUCAUCAUUCAAGCAGAUAACGUAAAACAACUAGUAGAGGAAACUCGAUACGACUGGAAGUUAGUGAAAAACAAACUGGAAACAGAUAUUAUCAAAAAAUACGCUGAAAAUGGAAGAUUUAUAACAAUGAUUGCAAUAGUGUGCUGUCAUUGUGGCAUAAUAUGUUACAUCACAUUGCAACUUCUACCGUUGAUACUUAACGUUAUUGCACCGUUAAAUGAAUCACGAUCGGUGAAACUUAUCGCGACCACGGAAUACUUUCUUAAUCGGGAGAAAUAUAUAUGGGUAAUGUUAGUUCAUGAGAUAGUUACCGUUUAUUUAAGAAUGGUAACGAUGUGUAGCACUAGUAUGACAUUAAUGAUGCAGAUCUUGCACGCAUGUGCGCUGUUUAAUAUAGCAAGCUAUCGAAUGGAGAAUGCAAUUCAAGAGAACGUGCUAACAAUCCAUGAUCAUUUAAAGGAAAAUUUACUUCAUCAGAGGAUUGCCCACGUAGUUCUUAUUCAUCGUAGGGCCAUUAGGUUUAUCGAGCUUUGUCUAUCUUCUUUUGCGAUACCGUUUGCUCUUUUGAUCCUGAUUGGAGUUAGCUCCUUAAGUGUUAAUCUUUUUCAUUUGCUUCAACUAAUAACAGCUGCCGAUGACGUUCAUGAAAUAUAUGCAGCUUUUUAUUCAGUACUUCUCCAUUUUUGCUAUAUGUUUAUAUUUAAUUAUGGUGGAGAGAUAGUUCAGAAUCAUGGAAUGCAAGUAUUCGAAGCAACCUAUAAUGGAUUGUGGUAUGUAACUCCGCUGCGGACGCAAAAAUUGAUAUUAUUUGUAAUGCAAAGAGCAAUAGUGAAAAUCACUUUGUCAUGUGGAAACAUAGUUGUUGCAUCCUUGGAAGGUUUUCUUACGGUAAAAUUAAAACAGUUCCUCAAUAAAGAAAUAAUACUUAAUCUAUACGGAUUUACUGAACUUUUCAACAUAUUAUGUUUUCAGCUUACGAGUACAGCAAUAUCUUAUUUCACGAGACCAUUUUGCGUGCGAGAAUAGUUGCAUUAUGAACGUGUAAUUAUUUAUACCCUCUUUUCACUUGUUCAUAUAUUAUAAUGGAGUACAAUCGCGUAAGGUAUGAUCAAAUCAUAUAUAUUAUAUAAAUUUUUUAUUUAUUACAUACAAGGUACAAACUAUCGUGCAACCAAGUGACUGUAAUAUUUUACUACUUGUAUUGCUAUGAAUCACUACAAAUAUAUAUUCUCUGAUAUUG